AUGUUUUCCCGCGUUCCACAGACUCAAGCUCGCUCAUGCUCCACCUUCUCUGCCCCUCCACUCGACGGGACACUCACUCUUCCAGAGCUCUUUGAAUGGCAGAGUAGACACUCUCCCAAUCAUCGUAUUUUCACCUUCUCGCGAGAGGAUGGUACUAUUGGGAACAUAUAUUGGCCCGAGGCUAUUCGCGCCGUGCAUACGGGUGCAAGGAUCAUUCAGGACCGUCUAGGCGCUAAACGCGAGUCAAAGGAUGCACCUGUAGUUGCCAUACUCGCACAUUCUGAUGCCAUCCCGUACCUCACCAAGCAAAUAGCCAUUUUACGUGCGAACUGCGUGGCCUUCCCGAUUUCUCCGCGCAAUUCCCCUGCGGCUACCACCCAUCUCCUAGUCACCGCAAAGGUUCGGCACAUCCUCGUUGGUCGGGAGCAAGCGAUGCUCGAUCUUGCGCAUAGCGCGCUCAAGGUAUUGGAAUCUCAGCAUCCCUCAGACCCUCUGCCGCAGCUUUCCUCCAUGCCUCUUUUUGAAGACUUAUACCUUCGCGGCGACGACCUCGCUGACCUCGUGGAGAGAUCGACUGCGUUUCCAAAGCCAAUACACGUCACACAUCGUCGCUUCUUUGAACUUGGUUUGAUACCAUGGUUUAGCGAGCAUGACUUGACCGACAAGGUUCUUUCGCUACACGCGAUGCCGAUGUACCACGGGAUGGGUACCAUGCAAGCCAGUUGGACGGCCUCCUGUGGGCUGGUACUGAGCGUGUUCGAGCCAAAGUCGCCCACUCCCAUACCGACCCCUGACUUGGUGUUACUCAAUGCCAAAGCUACACGCAGUGAUCUCGUGUUCUGUGUUCCGGCGUUCAUCGAAGCAUGGUCGAGAAGUCCUGAAUAUGUUACAUGGCUUGCCUCGCGUCAGGGAGUGCUAUACGGUGGAGGCCCCUUGGGCAAAGAAACCGGAGAUUAUUUAACAUCAAAAGGCGUAUCUAUUUACAUAUUGUAUGGAUCGACUGAAGCUGGGGUUAUGAGUCCCAUUAUACCUGCCCAUGUCGAUUACGAUUGGGAUUACUUCAGAUUUCGUGAAUAUAUGAAGACGGAGAUGGUACCUUACGGCGACAACACUUUCGGACUAGUCAUAAUAGCCAGCGAGUUCAACAAGCCAUCGGUUUUGAACACGGUUGUCUCCGGCGUUAAAGCAUACGCGACCUCCGAUUUACUCGCACCCCACCCGACCAAAGCAGGAUUCUGGAGGGUCUAUGGCCGCACAGAUGACCAAAUCAUGCAUAGCACGGGCGAGAAGACCAAUCCUGGCCCCCUAGAGAGCAUACUCUAUCAGGAUCCACAUGUGCAAUCAUGCGUGAUGUUCGGCCGUGGUCGCUUCCAAGCGGGCGUACUCAUAGAUGUAAAGCCGCAGUUCAAAUUUGAUCCAUCGGACGAGGUUGCACUUGCUGCCUUCCGAAAUGCGAUAAUGUCAACAGUAGAAAGAAUGAACGAGUACGCGCCGCAGCACUCACGCAUCUUCAAGGAGAUAAUUAUUGUGUCCAAACCGUCUAAGCCGUUCACGUAUACCGCGAAGGGAACUCCACGCCGUCACGCUGUGAUCAAGGAUUAUGAUGAAGAAAUCCACGAGUUGUAUAAGCUCAUCGAUCAAAGCACGCUGUCCAACAUUCCGGCGCCGCCUGAGUGGGAUAUAGUUGACAUUACAGAUUUCGUCCGUGCAGUCAUUGCGAAGGUCAUGACGCACGAUGUCGGCGAUCACGAUGACCUGUUCGAGCAUGGGUGCGACAGCUUGCAGGCAACGUGGAUCCGCAACUCUCUUCUACGAGCGGUACGUAACUCUGCCGAGCUGGAAACUCGCAAGUCUGCCAAAACCUUUGUCUACGAGCACCCAACAAUCGCCAGCCUCGCUGCUUUCAUAUCGUCCGUGGCGUCGGGGAUCGAAAACGGCAAGGAGAUCUCUCAGCAAGCCCGCGUGGAUGCCAUGAAUGCAAUGAUUUCCACGCAUACAAAGGCGUUUCCGGCUCACAAGGAAAGUCUGCGCUCAGCACUCUCGUCCCUGGAUGGGGAUGUAGUAGUUCUGACAGGAACGACUGGUAGCCUCGGCUGCCGAGUCCUCGCUGAGCUGGCAUCGGACACCACUGUUGCCAGAGUUUAUGCCUUGAAUAGAUCAUCGAGCAGUGAGCAGACGUUGUCCGAACGACAGAAGCUGGCUAUGGCUACGCACGGUCUGGAUGCUGGCUUGUUGCAAGGGGGCAAGGUUAUCCUGCUAGAGAGUGACGUUGCUUCGACGAACCUCGGUCUUCCUGAAGAUGUGUAUGAGGAGGUCACCUGGCCCGUGGAUUUCAACCUAUCUCUGGCAUCGUUCGAAAAAAGCGUGAAAGGCUUACGCUCUCUCAUCGACUUUGCGCUUGGGUCUCCUCAAGCGACUCCCCCGAAGUUGCUGUUCAUGAGCUCUAUUAGCGUUUUCCGCAACCUUCCCGGCGGUGAUGUGCAGAGCGAAAGCCAUAUCGAGCCCACAAUAGCAGCUGGAACCGGGUAUUCCGAGUCGAAAUGGGUAGCCGAAGAGAUCCUCUGCCGUGCUUCUGCAGCAACCACGCUCAUGUCUGUGAUCGUCCGUAUUGGUCAGAUAUGCGGCGGUCCCGACGGGGCAUGGAACGCCGGAGAGUGGUUUCCUUCUCUCAUGAAAAGUGCUCAGAAGCUAGGCUGUCUUCCAGAUGAUCAGAGGACGGUGGAUUGGAUCCCGAUCGAUAUCGCUGCGACAGCAGUGAUCCAGUUCCGCGGUGUUUCACGCACAUGUUCCGUCCACCUCGUACAUCCCCGUCCCGUUUCUUGGUCGUCCAUCGCCGCUGUCAUCGCGAGCGAUCUAUCUGCCAAGCUUGUCUCGUACAAGGAGUGGUUGACAGCUCUGGAACAAGCACGUAGUGGAAUCCCCUUCGCGCCCUCCCGGCUGCCUUUCUUCCAAUCAGUCCUGAAGGCGCCAGGAGCGCAUGCCUUGGGCUUCCCUGUGCUCGAAACGACUCACGCGACUAGCUCAGCUGCCAUCCUGAGAGACCCCGGUCUGCGACAGUUGCGCUCGGGCGACGCGAAGAGUUGGCUGGCUUACUGGCGCGAGGUUGAAUUGUUGUCGAUGCCUGCGUAA